AUGCCGUAUCCAGGAAUAAGGGCGUCUCACGUGACCAAGGUCACAAUCUAUUGUGCACAUCUGUAUGAUAUAAUUGUUCCUGUAAUUGUCCUGGAGCAGCAUCCAGGCCCUCAGGGUGACAUGGCUCGGCCCACAGAGGACAUCAAUCACUUACUCCAGCUGUGUUGUCUGGGAACAGCCAUGGGCACCCUUUAUAAACUGAGGAUUGGAGCCCCCCUCGUUGAUGAUCGUACAAUGAUAACCUUGUAUACAGUGAUCUGGAUUCUUCUUCUGCCUGACCUUAUUGUUGUGUUACAUUCCUCGGAUCUGGCCUGCCGCCUUUAUGUUCCAGAACUUGAAGGUAUAACUCAGCCUGGAGAUAUCAUGUUAGGAGUCAUUUUACCUCUUCAUUUGGACAGGGUGUAUCAAAGACUUCCCUUCACCGUAAGACCAACUAAGACCAUUUGUUCAACGUUCCACCUUGAAAAUUAUCAGCAACUUCAGUCCAUGAUAUUUGCAGUUGAAGAAAUUAAUGGAAAUCCCACUAUUCUUCCAAAUGUCACUUUAGGCUUCCAAGCCUAUGACUCGUGUGAUGUUCUUCGGCAUGAUCUCCAAGGAACAUUACAGAUACUGUCUGGAUCCAACAAAGUUCUACCCAACUACCGAUGCCUUGUAAAUGUUCCACUCAGUGUGAUCAUCGGUCCCUCGAUUUCAACACACUCCAUCCUCGUAGCACAUAUUCUGGGACUGUAUAAGUACCCUCAGAUUAGCCACUUUUCCACCAGUCCUCUACUGAGCGAUCGGACAAAAUUCCCGUCAUUUUUCAGAACUGUAUCUAAUGAUGUUUUCCAAUCUCAAGGACUUUCCCAGCUGGUGUUACAUUUUGGCUGGACAUGGAUAGGGUUACUGGCCGUUGACAAUGACUAUGGUCAACAAGGAAUUCAACUGGUGAAAAAAGAGAUAGUCAAGGCUGGAGCAUGUGUGGCUUUUUCUGAGAACAUUAUUACAAGCCAGCCAAGCCACAACGCUCCACGUAUUGUUAAAGUUUUGAAGACCUCAACUGCAGAAAUCGUGGUUGUCUUCUCGCCAGCUAUAAAUUUAGUUCCCAUCUUGUAUGAAAUGUUGAAACAAGAUGUCACAAAGAAAAUAUUCAUAGCAAGUGAAGCUUGGUCCACCUCUAGUCUCUUCUCCAUAGGAAAGCUUUCUGAGUCCCUCUCAGGGACAAUCGGAUUAGCUUUCUACAGUGGAACUAUCCCAAAGUUUCAAGAAUUUCUCAAUAAGAUCCACCCUUCGAUAGCCCUGGGAAAGGAAUGGACAAAGUUGUUAUGGGAGCAGACAUUUCAUUGCACAGUUAUGGAUAACAAUUCAACAAGGUCUUUCAGCACAUCCAUGAAAGAAUGUACAGGAUCUGAGUACCUUCAAAGUGUCACAAACAGCUUCAAUGAUGUCUCCAACUUAAGGGCUACGUACAAUGUCUAUACUGCAGUGCAUGUUGUGGCUAAAGCUUUAGAAGAUUUGAAAAGCUGCAAGAAUGGACCCUUAUUCUUCCAUAAACCAUGUGCUAAAAUUAAAGAUUUUGCAUCUUGGCAGCUUUUGUACUAUAUGAAGAAAGCUAGAGUCACCCUGAGUAAUGGGAAAGACUUCUACUUUGAUGAGAAUGGAGACCCUCCGGCCAUCUAUGACAUUGUGAACUGGCAACUUAACCCAGAGGGCAUCAUGCAACAUAAAAAGAUUGGCAGCUACGAUACCAUGGCUUCUCCUGGUCAAGUUUUUACUAUAAACACCAGUGCUAUACUAUGGAACACUGGAAAUGAGACACGUCCUAUCUCGGUCUGCAGUGAGAGUUGUCCUCCAGGCCUUAGGAAAGCCCCUUUAAGUGGUCAACCAGCUUGUUGUUUCCAAUGUGUACCCUGCCCUCAAGGAGAGAUUUCCAAUCAGACAGACUCAGUUGACUGUAUCCGGUGCCAAUGGAAUGAAUGGCCAAAUGCCCCAAAAGACCUGUGUCUCCAGAAGGCUAUAGAAUAUCUGUCAUAUGAAGAAACCUUGGGCUCAACCUUGACCUGUACAAGUUCUGUGUCCGUCCUCAUUCCUGUUCUUAUUUUUCAACUUUAUGUUAAGUUUAAAAUGACCCCUAUAGUGAAAGCUAACAACUACUACCUGAGCUGCCUUCUGUUGGUGUCCUUGUCCCUCUGUUUCCUUUGCUCUUUGCUUUUUAUAGGAUUUCCAAAACAUGAAACAUGUCUUCUACGUCAAGCUGGAUUCGGGUUGGCCUUUACCCUCUGUAUCUCUUGUGUCUUGGCUAAAACCAUCAUGGUAGUAUUUGCUUUUAUGGCAACAAAGCCAGGAAGCAAUUUGAGGAGAUGGACCAGUCCCAAAGUGUCCUAUGCUAUUAUAUUCCUAUGCACUUUUUUGCAGUUCAUUAUGUGCAUCACAUGGUUGUAUAACUCACCUCCAUUUCCCCAAAACAAUGCUCAAGUGAAACCUAAUGUAAUAAUUGUUGAGUGUAAUGAGGGAUCACCUAUCGCCUUCUGGAUCAUGUUGGGUUAUCUCUUCCUUCUGGCCACCAUAAGUUUCAUUGUGGCCUUCUUGGCCCGAAGACUUCCCGAAAGCUUCAAUGAAGCCCAAUAUAUUACGUUCAGCAUGUUGGCCUUCCUCAGUGUCUGGAUAUCUUAUAUCCCGGCCUCCCUCAGUGCCCAGGGCAAGUACACAGUGGCUAUGGAGGUCUUUGCCAUCUUGGCCUCCAGUUGGGCUUUGGUCAUAUGUAUGUUUUUUCCAAAAUGUUUUAUCAUAUUGUUCAGACCAGAGACGAACUCUAGAGAAUUUCUCAUGAGGAAGAACCCAACAUGUAGUUAA